GCGGGGUAAUGCCGGGGCCGGGGGGACUUUGGUCUGCAGGGUUGCUGCUCUGUGUCCUUGGUGUCUGCGCCUGUCUAGGUGAGAUGACUCUCCUUUUACUCAUGCAUAGUAUUAAGACACCUACACAAAAACUUAGUCAUGACUAACAAGCCAUUUCAUUUCAAGGUAUUUAUUCAAUGACCAUUCUCCCUUUGUUUUACACUAAAAAUGAUCUGAUACCAUUUUUCCUCCUCAAAAUUUUGAUUCUGAUUGAGCUACAGUCUUCACUCUGUGACUCAGUCACAAAAUUGACUUUUGUUAUCUGUGCCCACGAUCAGUCUUGAGAUGGGUAAAAGGAGUUUCAAGCAUGCUGCUUCUGCAGCCUGGAAUCAACUACAGGAGACUCUAUGUCUUGGGCGACGUGUGUCUUUAAAUCUAUUUAAAUGUAAAUUGAAGGCACUGGAGGAUGAUGUUUCUGGUUGUAGAUGUUUUGACCAAUGACAUGGUGUGCUGGGACUCAGGAUUGGUUGAUCUGUAUUUAUAUCUGUUCUGUUUUAUGUCUGCAACUCUGUUAAUUCUACUGCUUUUUUCUGCCUUGGCCAGGGUACUCUUGUAAAUAAGAUUAUUGAUCUCAAUGAGGUUUUUUCAUGGUUAAUUAAAUCUAAUAAAUAAAUAAAUGUCUAUCAUUUUAAAGCUAGUGUAUCAGUGGUAAAAUUUGACAACUUUUAGUUUGUUCCAUUUUUGAUGAUAAUUGCACCACCUCUUGAAAAGGAAGCCUUGCAAACAGGGGCACAUCCAGAUUUUUGACUAAAGGGGGCCAAACUGAUGUACAGACUCACAGGGAUCACAAAGUGAUGCAACAGAAACACAUGUUGAAAAUCUUCUUAACUUUUUUCUUUCAUGACUCAAAAAGAAGAUAUUUGCCUGAAAUCACAGUUUAAAAUACUAAUAAGGGACACAUCUUACACUGAGAUUCAAAGGAAGUGACAAGCAGUCUGUUGAAACACAGACAAAAGAGUUUUUUUGAACCCUCUCCAGCAAGCAGCCAAUCGUAGCUCAGGUUUUUGAAGUUGAGCCAUUCACUAUAUUUACAUACACAGUUAAGUCAAGCAUGUAAACAUUGGAGCAUGUGCAGAACACCGAGGGCAGUUUCAGUUUGAUUUAACCAUAAACAUGACAAAGAAAAUCGUUUCCCAACUGCAUUAUCCAGGUACAUCAGUCCAACUUUGAGGAGUUCCAUUCCGUGUGAUUUCAGUCAGACUGAGGCAAUAAACAGAUUUAAAAAAAACAAAAAAACAAGCAUACUUACUGACUAUAACAAGAAACAGAGAAUAAAUUAUUCCAGAAAGUGAGGCCAUAACAUUUAGAGCUCCCCCUGGUGGCUGGCUGCAGUAUAGGUCAUAAAGCUACCCUCCUACAUGUUAACAAGCAUGGGUACAGAAUUGUGUGAGUCGUGUGGUGCUUUAAAAAGGGGGUUGUGACUUCAUGACUGAUAAUGUGCUGCAACAUUUCCUGACUGAUGAUUAGAGUAGAGGAAGAUCAGUGAGAGAAAAUAUAACAAACACUAACAUGAGAGUUAUUGAACCCUCCAUAACUGUGAGUAUCUGCCUCUGGACCCUAUCAGUGAACUUUGCUGUUUUAUCGGUAAGUUUAAUAAUUCUCUCAUUUGGAGGGCUGGGCUUUGAUUCAGGUCCUGCUGUCCACAUGCCAAUACCAUCUGGCCCAUGUGAAUGUGAUAAGUUAAUUCUGAGGGCUGCUUUACAGAGCAGUUUCUGUGGUUAUUGUGUGAAUGUGGUGUGAAAGCACUUUGAGUGGCUGUAUAAAUACAUUUACAUCUAUCAUUUACAUGCAUUGGCUUCAACACCCUCAAUAUGACAGUAAUUAAACUUGCUGUCAACUAUGUGAAGGGGACCCAUGUUGGCUGUCAUGUUCCCCAAGGUUUGGUUUGAUGUAUUGAUGCUGUGCACAUCCUCAAAAAUACACACAGUGUGGAUGUGGGGUUCAGUAUGGAUAUGUACAGUAGCGGUUGUGGAGAUGCAGAAGAUGUGGAAACCUGCAGAAUCAAAUGGAAACAAGUCCAGAACUGUUUUUACCCAAAAAUGGCGGGAAACUUUGGAAGAACUGAGCAGGGGGGAUGCUGAUGGUGUGCUCUUCAGUUCCCACUGGUUAUCUAUCACAAGAAAUUGAAAAUCUAGGAUUAACAUUGUUAGUGACCUCUGUGAUUUCUUUCAACGCUCUUGUUUACAUCCAUUAAAUCUAGUGAUAGUUGCACACAGGUACAUCAUUUGCAUUGAGCUUUGUAAUCUGAAUCCUUUUUUCAAAUGUUGGUUAAUACCUUUCACUGCAAACUGUAUGAGUCACUCCCUUUUUCCAGCAUUUCCAAAGGGUGAACCCAUCAAAGAUAUAUUUUACCGGUAGAGCCUGCUCCUUCCCCUCCCAUAGAUACAGUAUAAUGGGUGAUGCACACCCCAGAUGAUCCAUGUGUUUUUACUGUUGUUGUUUGUUUGACUUUUACACCAUCUCACAGUCUUUUUUCAGCGUGGUUAUUGCUAGUCUGCAGGGAAAGGGAAUAAAAACCUCAUCAUUAACCCUGAUUCUCAUCCUUUUCCUCUUGUAUCUCUGCAGGAGAAGAGUGUGUCCUCGGUAUAGUCGGCCGGCCCAUCUUCCUGCCCUGCUUCUACCCUCAGUUAUUAACCUCAGUGAAUGUGUCCAUCGAGUGGAGGCGGGAUGAAGAGGUGGUGCUCAGAGCGACAUGGAGGGAGGAUGGAGAUGUAGAGGAAUGGAGUGUAAACAGAGCCAGUGUCUCGGCUCAAGCUUUACAGACCGGGAACAUUUCUCUGGAGCUUCCAUCAGUGUAUCCUGAACAUAACAAAACGAACUUCAGUCUGUUCAUCAUUUCAGAGGGAAACCACAGUGUUGCUCUGUGCAGUGUGUGUCUCAGGAUAGCAGGUCAGUGCUGCACACACUCAUGCGCACGCACACACACACACACACACACACACACACACACACACACACACACACACACACACACACACACACACACACACACACACACUCGGGAGUUAUCAGUGAAAGAUGAAACACCUACAUUGACUGAGUUUGCGUUAAAUAACAGGAAUCAGAUGUGUCAGGGGCUUUAAGGUUUCUCCACUGAUGUUUGGGGUUUCCAGCACAGGCUAUAGCCCCUUACAGAUAAGGCAGUCUGGUAUGAAGAUGUGUCAAAGUUACAGCUGUUUUACACUGGUCUACACUGAUUACAACCAUGAGAUUCAAUUUUAAACACUAUUCAUUUUAGCCUAUAAAGAAAUAACUUAAAAUCAACAUGAAGUCUUUUUCUUAUUAACUCAUGCAUCCUCUUCAGGACCUUUCAUUGUGUGCUGACUUUAGUUUCUGGGCUUGCUGUGGACUCAACCACUCACAAAUGUUUAGCGCUGCUAAAAAACUAAAGACGAAAGACUAAAAACUAAACCCUGUCUUCUUCAUUGGACGUUUGCAGCCAGUUUCAGCUUCCCACAGCUGCAGAGGGAGGAGGCAGUGCAGGGAAAUCAGACCAGCUUCCUCUGUCACUCCAGCGGUGGAUUCCCUGAACCUGAAGUUCGCUGGCUCAUAGACAACACCAGUGAGCCUCCUGAGGGUGCAGUGAAGACCGUGGUUACACCAGUCCCUGACACCCAGCUUUAUAACAUCACCAGCCACCUGAUGGUCAACAUUUCCAAAGACACCAGUGUGUCCUGCAGCAUUGAAAACCUGACCAUGAAUGAAACUGUGACAGCCACAAGCAGUGAGUGAUUCAUUAGUAUGAUAGUGAGCCUCCUGAGCUUCCUUCACUGAUCUCUGUUUCCUCUUGUUGCUCAGUUGGGGCCGACGACAGCCCGGUGGUAAGCAGAGCAUCAGAGGCCAUGUGGAUCUUCAGCACAGCUCUCUCUGUGGUGGUGGGGGUCAUGGUGGUGAUCGGGGUUGGCUACCAGAUCCACCUGGACAGGAUAAGCAAGAGGAAGAAGAAGGAAUACCAAUAUGAACAACAGCACUCAAACAGAAGUAAGUCUCUGCCGUUGCAGCUGCUGAACACUUCAUGACUUUAGCUGACUCUGUGAGCGAUCAAAGACUUUAGUUAAAAAUAUUUGAAUAUUUCCAAUUAUCCAACCUGAAAGUACUCACAUCUUUAAGUUUUUAUUUUUAUUGUUCAAAACAUCAGACCUCAGACACAACUCAGUAACUCUGCAUGGAUUUCUAUGCAGUACUCCUUCUGCUUCAUAUAAUUUCUGAAAUAAUUGUUGCAAAACAAUCUGCGUCCUUUAAAUACACAAGAAGAUCAAACAAGAUCAAGAAAACAUUGCCAGCACUUGCACAGCAAGUAGAUAAAUACCUUAAACUAGGGCGAACUCAGUGGUGAGGACAGACGGUUAGAUGGGACAGUUUAACAAAGAAGAGUGUAUUUUCUUGGUUGUUGAAUGGAAAAUAACUUUUUUUCCCCUCCUGAGCCCUAGUUGUGAUAUCUCAUAAAGUAAAACUGCAUGUACUUAGUGGUAUGACAUCAUUGAAAUAGGUUGGGCAAGCACAGGACAGGAAGUUGAUCCUGCAGUGCAUGAGGUAGAGGGAAAAUGUCAUAAACGCUGUGUAGGACUUUAAUGUGGUUCAUUACAGCAACAUAUUCAGUCACAGCUGUGUAAAAAUGGUGUACUGUUUUUGGAUUUAGGUUGUUUUUAUUUUGUCCCACUUACCCAAAUGUGGUUUAGGGUAAUUGGGAUGGAGCUUAUCUGAUGAUAAAAAGGAUCAAGAUUGUCAUAAAAUGACCUUGUGUAUUCUCUCUGUACUCUUGCUACCCCAUUUUCCUUCAAUAUACUAACCAAGCCAACUGUAGCAGUGCAGCCUGGACCUCGUGAUCUCAUAUUCAUCUUUACAAAUCAAUUACAGUGCAAAGUGGAUGGGUGGGUUAUAUUGUGUAAAAAAAACUGUACUCAUGCAGUCCUGUCUACCCAAAAGCUAGUGGGAAAAAGGGUUUUGGUCAUUUCAUGAUAAAGAGUUUACCAUGCCUCUCUAAAAUGAUAACACCCUCUUCCUUUUCAAAUGGAUAGGUGACAUUUUUCAUGUCACAGAAAUGUAUAAGGUGUUGGGCUUCUCUCAAAGAUUUAAAGUAAGAAAGCUGACACAAGACAAAAAUUUAGAAAUUAUCCCAGUCAUCCAUAAAUCAGCUUCACAGAGGCAACAGUUGAAAGUGUUUCAUUUGGACACUGGAGGGGACGCAUGCAACUACAUUACCCAGACUUCCACAGUAUGCACACACAAAAAAAUGUGUGCUCACAAAUGAUUACAUUUUGUCCUGCCAGUUUCCUCUCAGCUCUGUUAACCUCCCUGCUCCCUGAAUGUGUCUGCUCUUCUGCUGUUUUUGAAAUUAUUCAUCCAUAUUGUUAUCUCAACAGGUGAUCUUUGUGUGGGUGAGGCUUGUUGACAAUGAAGCAUUGGGAAACAUGACUCCCAAGUGAUUGAAGUGCACACCCCAUACAAAAUGACGUAGUCCAUAGUACUUAGCUGCAUGUCUCUCCUCCUCUCUCCCACUCUCAUUUCCCAUCUCUUCCAGUUCUUGCAGCAGCUUAGACUGAAAAAAAAAAAACAUACAGAGACUAAGUGGGCUUGUCAGGUGAAACAAUGUACAAAAAUCUCAAAGUUUCUAUAAGAUUUGCUGUUUAUUAAACAAAAGACUGGAAAAUAAUAAAAUACAAACAGAACUUAGGUCUCAGAGAUGAUGAGAUAAAACUUUAUUCAUCCUACAAAAUUUGCAGCAGCAAAGGAUCAGCACACAUAGAAGAAUAGGUUCACUCAUCAGACGGUGCACAGAUAAUUAUAAAUUGUUAACAAAGGUGAAACAGGUGUUAUGGCUCCUUCAGUUUUUUUUUUAUCUCAUAAAGGGAAAAAUACCCAAAGGUAUAACUUUAAACAAAUUAAUAUGGUUUUUUACAACGAUCUCGGAAAGAGCAGAAUGAAAUCUGAAGCAGCUGUCUUCACUGUACUGCACUAAAGCAUUAUGAAAGAUAUGAUUAUGUACAGCAGACUGUGUGUCAGUGAAAGGAAUACAAUGAUGCAAUCAUUCUUAGUAGGGUGUGAAUCAUGAUAGUGUCAAGAUUAUACUGGAUUUUUGCUGAUAUCUGAGAUGGUGAUAUUUUUACACUUAUUUCAAAUGCACACCUUUUUUCAUCAUCAAGAUAAGUCUGUCCUGUACAAGAAUUGACUUGUUACUCUCACAAUGAAAGUCAGUUUGUAGAAUAAACAGACAUAAAACAUUUGAUACCAACAGAUAUUCUAUUUCUAAACAUUGACAUUUAGGAAUGAAGGUUUCUGCUUUAUUUUUGGAGCUUUGCUGAAUGGUUGAAGUAGAGACUCCUGGUGCUGAUGCUAUGGUCAUCGUCACAGUUCAGAGACACCUGGUGCUGCUCAGGGUGAUUGUUCUUGAAAUGCAUAAUUAGAUCAAUACUGUUACAGGGUAUUUGUUUCUUUUGCUCUUCUUUGCAUCACCUGUACUUUACAAGAAUUGCAACCAGCGACUUCUCUGUUACUGACAUGUUGGAGCUAGUUGUUGGCACAUGUGCUCUUAUUGCAUGUACAUGAUUAUUUCAUCACCCUAUCAGCUGCACAGACCAGCAGGAGUUUUUAAAUCUGCAGAUGAAAAUGUGCAUCCCCUGCAGUGUCAGCAAAGUUGUGUUUAUUGCUUGAUGGGUUUAAUAAACCCAGUUUUUAUUGUUUGAAAUGUCAGCUGAAUGUUGUCAAAGACAUCUCUGAUCACUUUGUUGAAAGUAUGAUUAUUUUUCCUCAUCAGGAUACAAAAGAAGAUUUCCAAACAAGGAGGAGACCGAGGCGAUGACGUCGGAGAAAAUAGAGACAGACGUGUAAAGAGCCAGAGACGAUAAGUCCUCAUUUAUGUGAGGCCACAGAGCACUGAGUUGUGAAUAUUAAUUUGCUGGGACUUCUGCACUAGCCAAAAAAUGAGAGUUUUUAUAAAUAAAUAUGAAUAUACAGAUACUUGCCCUUUACUUCCUAAAAGUUUCAUCUUUGUUAACAGGACACUGUUUUUAAGCUUCAAUAAAGAUUCUAUAUGUGACA